AAAAACUCUCCCAAACCGCAGAGAGAGAGAGAGAGAGAGAGAGAUAUGGAGAGCGGCCUCAUGAUUCCUCGGCUCCGUACCAACCGUCUACUCUGUCCAUUUCCACCGUCCGUCGCGGACAAAAGACAUUUACCUCCUCCAGCUCUCAAGCUUCAAAAUCAGUUGCCACUAAUGUAUUCUAAUUUUCAACUGGCUUUAAGCGUAAGGCGUGAAGCAGCAGUAGAAACGAAUAAUUGGGCCAGUGGAAGCAACACUAAAGUUGUAGAAUUCGCUGAUAUAAAUUGGGACAACCUUGGGUUUGGCCUCGUGCCAACUGAUUAUAUGUACGUCGUGAAAUGUUCUCAAGAUGGAAAGUUUUCCCAAGGCGAACUACAGCGUUUCGGGAAUAUUGAGUUGAGCCCGUCAUCUGCAGUCCUAAACUAUGGGCAGGGAUUGUUUGAGGGUUUGAAAGCAUACCGAAAAGAAGACGGUUCCAUUCUACUCUUCCGCCCUGAGGAGAACGCAUUGCGGAUGAGAAUGGGUGCAGAGCGGAUGUGCAUGCCUGCACCUACUGUUGAACAAUUUGUGGAUGCUGUAAAGCUCACUGUCUUGGCAAAUAAACGUUGGGUUCCUCCUACUGGGAAAGGCUCCCUAUAUAUCCGGCCGCUGCUAAUGGGAAGUGGAGCAGUUCUUGGUCUUGCACCAGCUCCUGAGUACACGUUUCUAAUUUAUGUUUCUCCUGUUGGGAACUAUUUCAAGGAGGGUUUGGCGCCAAUAAACUUGGUUGUUGAGAAUGAAUUUCAUCGUGCUACUCCUGGUGGAACUGGAGGUGUAAAGACUAUCGGAAACUAUGCCUCUGUGCUCAAGGCACAGACUGCAGCUAAAGCCAAGGGCUAUUCUGAUGUUUUGUACCUUGAUGUUGUGCACAAAAGAUAUUUGGAGGAAGUUUCAUCAUGUAAUGUUUUUGUUGUGAAGGAUAAUACAAUUUCAACUCCAGCAAUAAGAGGGACGAUUCUGCCUGGAAUCACACGGAAAAGUAUAAUUGAUGUUGCUCGCAGUCAAGGGUACCAGGUUGAGGAGCGCCAAGUAUCAGUUGAAGAAUUGCUUGAUGCUGAUGAAGUCUUUUGCACGGGAACUGCAGUUGUUGUAUCACCUGUGGGCAGUAUAACUUACCUCGGCAAAAGGGUGUCAUAUGGAGAGAGAGGAGUCGGUGUCGUGUCCCAAAAUCUCUAUUCGGCUCUCACAAGUUUACAGAUGGGUAUUACAGAAGACAAGAUGGACUGGACCGUUGAAUUAAACUAGGAAUGCCAGGAUAUCGUAGCAACGAAUGCAUUAGACCUGAAGUAGCCAUUUUUCAUUUUUCAUUUUAUCUCUUGAAUGUUAAGAUGAACUCCCAGCUUUCGACCAUGAUUUGUCGAGACCACCCAGUUUACUGGUUUUCUAUAGGUGAGUUGCAGGCAGUGUAAUUAAGGCUUGCACCCAAAGUUUUCUAGUUUUAAAUAUGUUCGUUUAGAGCUUGUUAUGCCCCCAGGCUCUACAUGUCCGGCCAAAUUGUGCUAACCUGGCAUGUGGAGGACAUACAACCAUCCAUCAGGUGGGCCCUGUGGUGUAGAUGGCCAGGCCUGAAAAUUGUGCUGGGCCAAGCCAUUUGGUGAACUACAUUUGUUCAUUGAAUUGUAGUAAAUGGCUACUUUGUACAUGA